AAGACAAUGCAUAUAUUAUCAGAGUGUUUUUUGUUUGCAUUUUAACCACAAGUAUUGUGGUUAAUGCAGACAUGAUUCCUUGUUAAAGGUUUCAGUUUGGUGUUUUAACAUCUUCACACCGGGUUUGUUGCCAACAAAAUGGGAAAACCUAUUCUCACAUUUGAACUAACCAGAUUUUCUGACCAAAUAGUAAUUUUGAUAAUCAAUGUCAAUGAACCGCGGGAAAUUAUUGACGAACUUUUGCUGAAUAGAUAAUAAUUACUGGAAGGUCACAAAUAAUAACACCAAUCUAGGGUAUUUAUUUAAGGCAGGCUAGGAUUGAAAUGAUGGACCAGAGGCAAAUAAGAGAUAGUUUGAAGUGCAUUUAGAAAAUAUAAAUUUGAUGAUGAAACCCAACAUAGCAAUGUCCUUAAGUAUCCAAAAUUUCAAUCGGUGCAUAAUCGCUGCUAUGACAUUUGGAUCAGGACAUGGACACGAAGGAAAUGGAACAAGAGCCGAAAAGUACCGAAAGAAAUAGAUGCAUGCUGGGAAAUACAGAGAGACAAAAAUAGGAACAAGAUUGAUCAGACAUGAAAUGCAAAUUAUAGACUUCAAAAAGUCAGUGGGCCUCUAAACAGGGUACAUCAAUCGGGGGGAUCAUGACUAAUGGACAAGAUUGGUGACACAGUGGCAGCCAAAGGAGAGAACACGCCCAAGAAAGUGACCACUCAGAUCAUGUGCAGUUGCCUGAUGCAUUUUGGCAUUGUGAUGAUGACAUUGGGAGGCCUUCAUCUAGCAGUGAAUAGAUCAUGGUCGGCAAUGAUUAUAAUGAUGGUGACAUGCCUUGGUACAUUAAUGCUAACCGUUAAAACUUUUUUUCAAAAUAUGAUCUCGGGUAAGGUUAUUGUGAAAAAAAAUGGGUUUAAUUACAUUUCUUCAAUUUAUUUGAAGAAACAAAAAUGUUAUGCACAAACAAUGGGGAAAAUAAUGGUACUUAUAAGAGAAAAUGCGUGUAAAGAUAAACAUUUUUCGGAAAACAGACAAUGGAUCAUUGAUGAUCAUCUUCCCAUAAUAAAUAGAGGCACAAUACACAGUGUUGGGUGCAGGCGUGUUGGCGCAUGUGAACUUGUGUGUGCGUAUGCAUGCUCAUGUGUUUGUGUUGGAGAGAGCCGACCAUUUCUGGUGCGCACGCGUAGGACUAUAGGCAAGGUAGUCCGUAGCGCAUAAGCGUGGCCAGAAAGUCAGGGACAUACAUUAUAUUGCUCAUCUUUGUGAGAGGCAGUGCAGUCUUGACAGCAGUGGCAAAAAAGCAAGAAAAUAAAUAAAUAAGCGGGUUAGCCGGGGAAAAGAGUGAGCGUGUGCAAGGACGCGGGCAUAAAUCAUUUGCCGAGAUGAGUUAUGGGAACAGCAUGGCCCUGCUGGGUGGCAGCUCGCCAAGUCUCUGUGACGCCAUGUGACCCUCCCGACUGUGGGUGUAGGCGGACCGAGGGCCCUGGUUGGUUGAGUGGGUGGUGCUUUGAGCCUACUUGGCUCUGACACUCCAUGGCAGCGAGCAUAUCAGUGUUACAGCCUCUCCUCCUCUCCACCAGUGGGGAAAAGGGUCUUCGGUGUACAGUGCUUAUUGGUGUCCUGCAAGAGGGAAUGAUAUGUAGUUCAUAUGUCAGAUUUGGUGGGCGACAGCGCGAUACGUGAAGAGUGUACUUUAUAAUCGCCAAUUUAUAUUUUUUUCUAGUGUGCGCGAGUCUUUGGCACGGAAACGGUCCUUUGAUGCCGUAAAAAGUUGCGGCACGCAAGCGAGGUUUGGUGUGGUGCCAGCGCUGGUUCUGCCUGUGUUGGGACUUGCCAUGUCUGUCAGCAAGGAGUCUGCUGAAUCGGCUCUGGAAAUAAAAUCGCAGGCUGACGAUAUUGUCGGCCGGGGCCUACCCUCUUCCUGCUAUACACUGGCCGGCAUGCCCUACUCGUCGUCAUACAUCAUGGAGAUCUACCGGAGCUGGGGCGAGCCGCACCCUUCGCUGUUUGUUGGCGGGGUGGGCGCCAGCAACAGUGUAGGCCGAAGUGGCAUUAAAAGCCCGCUGUCUUCUCCCGAUCAACCAGUCUGCCUCACUGGACCCCACGGGGGAUUUGUGAAUGGAGGUGGAGGCGGCGGUGAUGGCAGCUUUGGUAGUUGCAGUACAAGCAGCAGUGGCCCAGGCAGUAACAACUGCAGCAGUGGUAACGGCAUAGCAAGUAGAAGCAAGAGCGCUAGUGGGACUGGAGCUGGCAUUCUGACUGGGAUACAAGUGCUGGGGGGCACGCCGCCUCACUCGCUUCUAUUCCUUGCCCAUCCCCACAAUCAUCACCAGCAAGCGAACGGCCAGCAGAAGCAGCAGCACGUGCCGCAGCCGAUGAUGUCGACGCAGCUGCCUCCCUUGCCGCCUCCCAGCGCUGCACAGUGGCUUCACCCGGGCUCUUCUCCCCACCCACCGGGCCAGGUUUUCUUCCGUGAACCUGGCUGGCACUCUGGGUCUCCCAGUCCCAAACCUGCUGAGCACGUGUUCUCCAUCCACAGAUCCAGCUCAGACCCAGAGGCGCCCGAGGCGGGCGGCGGUUCGUGCGCGGGAGGCAGGGGGCCCGGGGGGUGCGAGCCGGUGUCGGGUGGCUCCACGUGCAGCUCCCCGACGGCAGCCGUGAGCCCACGCUCGCUGCGCGAGACGCACUACUGCGCCGUGUGCAGCGACCUGGCGUCCGGAUACCACUAUGGCGUGUGGUCGUGCGAGGGCUGCAAGGCGUUCUUCAAGCGCAGCAUACAAGGCAAGACAAACUACAUCUGCCCAGCUACAAACCAGUGCACCAUUGACAAGAACCGGCGGAAGAGCUGCCAGGCGUGUCGGCUCCGCAAGUGCCACGAGGUCGGGAUGGUUCGAGAUGCGUGCCGCAGGGACCGCAGGGGUGGCGGCGGAGCGCUGAGAGGACCGGCCGGCGCCGCUGUGCGCAACCCCACGCAGAACCCUCCCAACCACAAGCGCAGCUGCAGCGAGACAGACAGCGUGACCGGGCGGCCUAGCCCGGCGUCGGCCGCCGCCUCACCGGAGGCCCCCGAGUGCAAGCGCAAUCCGGUGGAGCCCCCGGCGGUCAACCAGAUGCUCACUUCCUUGAUGGAGGCGGAGCCGCCCGAGGUGUUGUCUUUGCAGGAGUCCAAGCAGCCAUUCUCCGAGGCCUCGCUCAUGAAUGUGCUCACCAACCUGGCCGACCGAGAGCUCGUGCACAUGAUCGCCUGGGCCAAAAAGAUCCCGGGCUUCAUGGACAUCAGCCUGGAGGAUCAGGUACAGCUGCUGGAGUCUUGCUGGCUGGAAGUGCUCAUGGUGGGACUCAUUUGGAGGUCCAUGACCCAUCCUGGCAAGCUGGUUUUUGCCGCUGACCUGGUGCUCGAGAGGGACGACGGCUGUUGCGUGGAAGGCAUCGUGGACAUCUUCGACCUGCUCCUGCGGACAGCCUCUCAGUUCAUCGAGCUCAGCGUGACUCUGGAGGAGUUCAUCUGCCUCAAGGCCAUGGUGCUGCUGAACUCGAGCCUGUUUCCGGUACUGCCCCCACCAUCAGCACCGCCACCCAUGUCAAUUUCGCAACCCAUCCCUAUGCUGUCUGGAAUGGGCCCUGCUGCUGCUGCUGCUACAGCCGCCGCCACCGACACCACAUCCCCUUCGGUUUCAGCACAAGCCACAGCCACCGCUGUCACGACCCCUCACCCCGCCGACCCUUGCUCCGUGUCCAUUGCCGACGUGGCGUCGGCACUGCCCCAAAUGUCGCCGUGCCAGGCUGUCUAUUCACUGGCGGGCCGGAGAAGUGAGCAGUGUUCCAGGAGGACCAGCGAGAAGGUGCGGCGCAUCCUGGACGGCGUGACGGAUGCGCUGGCAUGGCACAUGGCUCAGUCGGACAUCCCCGUGAUGGAGCGGCCCCGUCGCCUCGUCUGCCUCCUGCUGCUGCUCUCGCACAUCCGCUUCAUCGGCAACAAAGGAAUCCAGCAUUUGUACAACAUCAAGCGCAAGAACGUGGUGCCGCUGUACGACCUGCUUCUCGAGAUGCUGGAUGCGAAUGUGUUGAGCGAGCAUAGCGCGUGUUCCAAGACAUCCCAGGCAGCUGGCACCCAGGACACUGGCAGCGGCAGUGGCGGUGUUGGAGGUGGCAUCCAGUGCAAGGCCAUGGAGAACUCGCGCAACUCAGUCAAGUCCCCCGCUUUGCAGUCGAAUGACGAGCCGCCAUCGGCAAAGAUCAGGAUGACGGUGGGCAGCGAAGCAACCCUUUGACGCUCUGGGUUGACUGAGUGAGGCGUCGAUACGCAUGUGUGAUGUACACGCCGCGUGAAAACACUACGCCCAGGCCAUUUUGUAUCCAAAUAUCAACUCUCACUGUGUUUUUUUUAUUUGUUCGUUCCGAAUAGCCGCCGAGAUAUUACAGGAUUCGAUUUUCCUAACUUAUGAGCUUCAGAUGGAAGAGACAGGUCAAAUCAAGGUACGCCCAGCUGGUGGAAAUAUCAGACAUGCGGUAAAUGUUUGCGAGUGGUCUGAAAGGCUCGUGAAGACUCGUCGUGGUUAUUUAAAAUUAUAAAUUGUUUUCAUCGCGGAUGAAAACAUUUUAAUUGCAUUUGAAAACUGGGACAUUUGUGAGGUCUGUUUAAUUGGUGUGUAUUCUUUGUUCCACAUCGAUUGUUGUAAACAUACGUGAUGGUGCAUAACAUUUAUAUAUUUUGAGAGUACCCUGCCCACCGCGUAGCGGCACACCUUGUUUAUUAAUUGUGCUCUGGUUUCUUUCGACUAAUUGAGUAGCUCCGGGGUGCUCAACCGGAUAACGUGGCAUUCUGUAUGGAGUGGUUUAGACUUGGAAACCCACACACGCACGUGUGUCAGAGCUUUGACGAUCUGGACCUCAGAUUCCCAGAUGCUUUCAAAAAAAUCCCGAUAUCUGUACUGUCAAUCGAGUUGUCAUGUAUAUGAAUAGGUGGCCUCGGAACUUAACAAAACGUUUAAUUGUGCAACUAGUUCCUUAAAAAAAAGUUCCAGCAUGUAUGUCGAACGAUUGGCUAAAUUAUUUCGGCCUGAAUAACUUAAUUUUUCUUCUCCGUUGGCCACACGAAGUUAGCAUCAUCAUCGAUGGUAUACCAGGGAUACCGUGAUUGACUAAGUUUUAGCCAAUUCCACUUAUAUAUAUAAAAAAAUGUUUGCAAAUGUACUUGCAUCCAUUGUGCACCCAUAUUGGGUACAUGAAAAACCUGGAAAGAUUUGGACCAUUUAUAUAACAAGCUCUGCACUUGCAUUGUUCAAAUCCAGAUUACUAUACAUCUCAUUUAUUGCUACAUUGGUAUUUUUUUAGGUUGUGUUUUUUAAAUUGUGUGUGUGUACAUAUACACAGGCACACAAAUGUAUAUUUGUAUUGCUGUCUCAAGAUUAGGAGCUAGUAUAUUUAAAAUAUCUACAUUGACAGUUAACCAUCAGAGGUUGUUCUUUCUAAAAAAUAAUAAUUUUGUAAUAAGGCUAAUUAAAAAUAAAUAAAUAAAUCUCAAAAUUGGGCAGUAUGUCACUGCUCAAGCCUCACAAUGUGGAUAUUUCUGAACAUUCUCAUUCGGUGCACUCUUCGUCUGCUGCUUACACGCUGGAUAUAUUGCAAUAGCGGCACUAGCAAUGCAAGUCAAUGCAUGCAGGGAGAAACUGCAACCGGUUUUGGGUGCGGUUGCCAACUUGUUGUUUUUUUUUCCCCGAAAUUUUCCGCGGUCUGUUUCUGACGCUGAGCACAAAGUGCGUCGAUAAAUUGACACCUCCGAUGUUGUAAACGCGGCUCUGUGUUUGGUCUCGAUGCCAACUAAUGAUGGAGAGAGAGAGUGAGUGCGUGCGAGUUUAAAAGUGCAGGAGCAUGGAUGGUCUUUUUGAUCCAAUCGGAAAAGGGGAGACGGCACUCGGGAAGAAAGAAGAAUUAAAACAAUCAAGCACAAUCGCCGCACGAGUCCUGUGCGCGGUGCAGUUGUACGGUGGCGCGCAAGGGCUGGCGUGCACGGACGGACGAGCAAUGUGACAGCAACGCACGGGGAGUGUGUGCAGUUUAUUGGACAAAGGCGUUUCUCCGAGUUGGAAACUGCUGCUAGCUUUGUUGCCCAACGUUAACGUUUUUGCUGCUGUAAAGCUUAAUCAAAGUACCGUCUGCUUGGACAUGUCGCUUUUUAUUUUAAAAUGCUGCUCGUAGCACAAUUUGCCAAAGCAAUGGAUAGUGUUGCAAAUUGAAGAAGGUUUGCUGCUAAGGUGCAUUAUGACGUACGUUACUCGUGCCCCCCCCCUUCCCCCACGGCAAUUAUUGCAACAUUCCAUGGCAGUGAAGGCACAUCGGUAAUGUAUUGGUGUGACCUUAUGGUUCCAAUUCACUUCACUAUGUAAGGGUAGCGUACUUUUACAACAUAAACGCAAAUGGAUAUUUGUUCUUGUCGUUGUAGCCGUAGUCAUUAUUGUUGUUCUUAAACUGUCGGUUACAAUCAAAAAAAUUGUGUACGUGUAUUAAACAGAAAAUUGAGCAGUGGUUGGCUUGACUUGAUGGUAAAAGUGGGCUUUAUUUCUAAAAGGACUUUAAUCAGCCUGUGACACUAUGUUUAUCUGAUUAGCCAAGGCAUUUGUGGCGUAGCUCUACUAGGCCUGGCUGAUUUAACAAAGGAAUUUUAUGCUCGUGCAUUUUCGACUGCUGUGCAGUGACGAACGCCGGUCCAUACACCUGCUGCCAUAAUUGUCUAAAACCUUGCUCGUGCAUACUUUGAGUGUUUAGAUUUUUUAGGGGGAAAUAUUGCUCGUUAUAUAUAAAAAGAAUUACAAUUAUGGGCGCAGUUGUACGUACCGGUGUUCAAGUGGCGUUGCAUGCAUUGGAGCAUUAAGAGGGCCAGUCUAGACUGACUGGCACUUACGGUUAAACAAAAAGUUGCACUGUGUUUGGGAGCUGCACUAUAAUAUGUAGAGGAUCGCCUCUGUAAAAGCCUGCAGAGUGAGCCGAAGUGGAAUGUUAUGCGUUUCACACGAUGGUUUUGAAACGUAGCUAACUGAAUUACUGCGUGCAUAAUGAUGUAUAUGCAAUGUUCACACACAGUUUAGGAAAUAAUGAUAAUUUUACAGCAAGACAACUUUUUGUGCACCUUAGUGGAGCCUGGUGGCAGAUCAAAAAUAUCGUGUAGUGCAGAUUCGUGCGUGUAAACGCAUCGCCGGCUCAGUAGUUCUGUAGCAAAACGUUCAGGCACCUGUCGCAUGUGUUUGGUUAAAAAAAAUCCGCCUUUGGCACGUGUAAGAAACGGUCUUUGUGAAUGCCGACUGUGCCAAUAGUAGGCCGUCUUUUCUGGAUUACAUUAUGGGUGGCCACACAUUUGUAAGCAAACAAAGCUAUGACGAACCAAGUAGGAAGCAAAAGCCAGUAAAACAACCGUCAAGGAUACAUUAAAUGGGGGUUAUUUUUUACUUGUAAUAAUUCGCAACUUUGUGUACCUGCUUAACACUUUCGGUACACCGUUGGCUAUAUUUUUAAGCGAAUGACCACACUUGAGCCUCAUCAACAGAGCUCCUGGUGGGAGAGAGUGAUAGGUGUUGGUACACAAAGCAAGGGAGUUAGAUGGGGGAGAAGAGGGCAUUUUUGUGGCGGAAACAAGGGGUCAGGGAGAAGGCAUGCGGUAGAUUGUAUGCUGUAAUAAAAUGCUGCCUUGUAACUUUUAGUAGUCAUUUUGUAAGCAGAAUACUAUGGGUACAUUACGAAUAUAAUGUAUUUUUUUAGCCAAUUAAAUGUUCUGUGAGCCGUGUGCCAUAUGAUGGUGGUGUUCUUGUCUGUGUCGCUGUGGCUUCUAAGCAGCUUUUUUUUUACUUGCACUAUUUUAUACUUGCUGCAGUGGUGUGAUUUUUAUUUAAAUGUUAUUACAUUACUUGUGUUUUUUUUUCUCUUAUGGUUUGCACUGUGGAUCAGGCCAAAAAAGAGACCGUUAAGUUAGUCUCGUUUUUAUUUUGAACAACAGCGAACCUAUAUAGAGUUUAAUAUUACGGCACUAGUUUUGUAAUGAUGUUGAAAUUUGAUGAAACGAAACAAUUAUUAAAAUACACUGAAAUGUAUAGUUAUUCACAUUUCACGAUUAACUUUUUUUUUAUGAAAACCAGAAUUUAAUGCAAGAGUAAAAUAAUCCCGUUUUAAUUUCCACACGAUUUUGGGCAAUCAGAUGGAGAGAGUGGCUUAGUCCACCACUGACCUGCAACUCAACCGUUCACAUCGAAUCAUGUGCGUUCUCUCCCUGAUAUUUUCAAGUGAACCUUACCAGUAAGAGAAGGCUCUCCGCUUUGCUGAGGAUCGAAUUAUAUUUUUUGUUAACAUAUAUCUUCUUUGGGUCUUUCGGUAAAGUCACGUAGAUAGGUAAAAAAUAAAUUAACAAAAAACUACCAC